AUGUACACAAGCCAAAAGACAAAUUAUGAAUACACUAAUCCGAUGAUAUUAAAUAUAAAUAAUAAAAAUGUGAAUCCUUAUAAAAAUGAAAAUAUAGUAAGCGGUCCAUCCAAUAUAUCUCGAAGCAUACUUCCUUUACCAAUAGAUUACCAAGGAUAUGGAUUAAAGAAUAAUAAUACAAACCGCUUUAAUAAUCAAAAUAAUUUUAAUGGAAGCGAAAAUUCAAAAAUAUAUGUGCAACAUAGUAGAGUUGGGGACAAAUUUGAAACAGCAUCUUUGAAACAUAGUAUUUCUCGCUAUAUACCCGAAAAUAGAAAGGAAGGAAAGCAAAUGAUUAAUCUUUUUAACAAAAUGAAACAUGAUGAUAUAAACAAAAAUACUAGUAACUACAUGAAUGCAAAUUCAAUGGUAGUACCUACAAAUUUUAGUUCCAGUAUUAGUACACCAUUAAAAUCAUAUUAUAAAAACAAUCCUAAAAUUAUUUAUGAAAAUCAAAAUAUGAAAUUUCCUAUUAAUAGAGUGAGUUCUCUAGAAAAGGCGAAAAGUGUAAAUUCUAUUACUAUAGGAAAUGUAAAACGCAAUAAUAAAGAAAUAUCAAGCAUAAAGGAACAGCAAAAGGUUGUAUACGCUCCUCCCAUAAAAAAAAAUAUAAAUGAUUCGGCGAUAAUAAUGAAAGAAGGUUCAGUUCUAUUAGAAUAUUCAAAAAUAAAGGAUGAUAACGUAAAGGUCAGGGAACAAAAGACAUUAUUUUGGGGAGAUGUAAAAAGCAAGGAUAAUAUUAUGUUUUCAAGAAAUUCUCAUAGAAAGAAUGAUAUAUCUGAAGCACACGAUGUUCAUAUAAACAAAAAGGCAGAAAAAGUUGAAGAAAAACAACAACAAAAAAAUAAUAGAAGGGAGGGUGAAAAAAAAAAUAAUAGAAAAGAAGGGGAACAAAAAAAUAUUAAUAGAAGAGAGGAAGAAGUAAAAAAAUAUAAUAGAAGUGAGGAAGAAGUAAAAAAUAAGGAAGUAUACUUAACACAUAAAGAGAAUAAUUUUACACAGAAUAACAAAAAAAAGGGAGGAAAUAGAAAAGAUAAACAAAUAAACAUAUCUUUAGAAGGUAGCAAGAAAAGAAGUAAAGAAAAAACAAAAAUUCAAAGUAAAACGUUAACUUACAAAAUUAUUAAAGGUGAAUUGCCUUGCACCACUUCAAAUAAUUUCAAAGAAGAUUCAUUAAAUUUAAACAAUGGUUUAAAAACAUUUGAAAAUAUUAUUGUGGUUGAUAGAAAUCAUGUUCUUAAAAUAUGGAAUGGAUAUGAAUGGGAAGAAAUGGAGAACUAUUUUAAUUUUUUUAUGAAAGCAAGAUAUGAUAAUAAAGGUAAUAUUUGGUGCAUAAAUAAUUCUUACGAAAUUUUAAAGUUAAUGAAGAACAGGUUUAAAAAUUUUGGCAAUUUAGCUAAUGAAGAGAUUAUUGAUAUAGCGUUUGAUAGAAAAAAUAUAUUAUGGUGUAUAAACCGUAAGGGGGAAUUGUUAAAAUGGAAUAAAACGAAAUGGUGUAAAAUAAAAUAUAGGGGUUUUCAUAAAUUAUCAAGUUUAUCUUUUGAUAAUAAGGGGGACCUAUGGGCUGUUAACUCAAAGAGAGCAUUAGCUAUUUGGAAUAAAAAUGAAUGUAAUUGGAAUGAAAUAAUAAUAAAAGAUAAUUUAAAAAUAUCUUGUAUAGACUUUGAUGCUAAGGGGAAAAUUUGGGUAAUUUCGAAUUCCGGUGCGUUAUUAACAUAUUCUUGUGGGAAUUGGAUAAAUUUUGGACAUGUAUGUUUAGACAAGUUAAUAUCCAUAGGGUUUAAGAAGUAA